CAAAAAUACAUCACUUGUUUUUAUUUCUUUAGAUAAAUCUAUGAAAAAUGACAAAGAUAACACAGAUUGACAUAAAAUAGUAUUUUUGAACCAACAAAGUGAUUCCCAAAGAGCUAUCAGCUGAAAACCUGGCAUAUCUCAUCAUGGUGUGCAGUGUGUCCUUAAAAAAAUUGAGGAAACUGGACAAAAGAAGAAGCAGCAACCUUGAAAAACUAUCACGCAAGAACUGGACUUAAAAUCAGUGGCAACAGGUCUGAUGGAGUGAUGAAUGCACCACAAACAUUUGGUCCAAAUCAUCAUCAGCAUGUACAGAAGAGGUCAGGAGAGCUACAACAGUGUCUACAGCCAUCAGUAAAACACAGUCAUGGUUUGAGCUGCAUUUCAGUCAGUGGUGUUGGAGAUCUUGUUAAAAUUCAUGAAUUAUGGAACACAGAAAAGUCCCAUCAGAUUUUAAACCACCAUGGAAUACCAUCUGAUUGGCAACAGCUUCAUUUUUCAUCAUGACAAUGAUCCCAAACAUACUGCCAAUGCAGUAAAAUCAUCCCUGGACAGAAAAACACACAGUGGAGCACUAUCAGUCAUGGAUCGGCCUCCCCAGAGCCCGGACCUCAACAUUAUUGAAGCAGUGUGGGAUCAUGUUGACAGAGAACAGAACAAAAGGCAGAAACAAAGAAGAGCUUUGAAUGUCCUUCAAGAAGCCUGGAGAACUAUUCCUGAAGACUACUUAAAGACAUGACGAGAAAGCUGCUGAAAAUGAUUUGCAGAAUUGUUGCUUUGUUUUUAUUUCCCAUUAAAGUGUAAACAGAUAUCGGUGGACAGAAGCUUCAGCCUGAAUCAAAUAUGGAAUAUGGCCUAUUGGCCUUGAGGGGAGCCCCACCUCGGUGGAGCCUAAUUUAAACCCAUAUCCUCCAGACCACAGCAGGUGCCCCCCUCCUCCACUCCCUUUACGCUCCACCUGUCUUCUCUUCUCCGUGGCGGGCUGGCGAUCCAGAAAGCAGCCGUCAGUCAUUACAAAUGGCGUGCCGGCCCCCUAAGUCACCGGAUCGGCGGCAGCUGCUCGACCCCCAGAGCUAUUUUCACCCUCAGGAUAAAGUGGUGUUCAGCGAGCCGCCCGCACGGCCCAGCAGCUCCAGUCACGCCGCAGCAGAGCCAGGAUGAAGUCCACCGGCGGCGAGCGCACCGUGCAGCCAGACUGCUUCACCUCAGACCUGGAGGACCUGGACAGCGCCAGCAACAGCUCCGACGGCAGCUGCACGCCGCGCAGGGAGCCGGGGCAGGUGGUCCAGGAGGAGGGAGCCCCGAAACGAAGAAGGAGACGGAGGAGGAGCAGCGGAGGAGACGCGCGUCUGCCCGGCGUGAGCAAACAGAGGCAGGCGGCCAACGCGCGGGAGCGGGACAGGACGCACAGCGUGAACACGGCCUUCACGGCGCUCCGCACGCUCAUCCCCACCGAGCCCGCCGACAGGAAACUCUCCAAGAUCGAGACACUGCGCCUGGCCUCCAGCUACAUCUCCCACCUGGCCAACGUGCUGCUGCUGGGGGAGGACUGCCUGGACGGACAGCCCUGCCUGCGCUACCAGAGCAUCCUGCACGGCCCCGCCGCCCUCAACGCGCCCUCCCUGCGGCCCAUCUGCACCUUCUGCCUCAGCAACCAGAGGAAGCUGCUCAGAGAUGGAGCGAAACACUCGGCUGCUGUGUGA